AUGGGUAUGCCAAUCGCAACUAUGAAGUCCAGUGUUCAAGACUUCCUCGGGCCCCUUUCCGUUGAUGAGGCAAAGGCGCAUGCGUUAUCACUUGAGUUCUACCGAACAUUUCAGGAUCUAUCUGCCAAUUCGUUGAACCAAUUCCUCCCGACCCCGAUAUCUGAAUCAGUAUUACGGCCUACCGCAGGUAGAGAAAAGGGACGAUAUUUAGCUAUUGACAUUGGCGGUACUAACUUAAGGGUUGGCUUUAUUGAGCUACUCGGAAACGAAAAAGUCGUCAAUGGCAGUAGUACCAAUGGUGACUCAGAGGCUUUAAACAGAGAACCAACGUCCAACAUCCGUCGAUUACUUGAGAAAUCAUGGCCAAUUUCAGAUGUACUUAAAAAUGAGAAUGCCGAUUCUCUGUUCAGGUGGAUCGGAGCUUGCAUUGCAGAAGUUGUACGGGAAGGCUGUCGGGAAUUUGACCUACCUCGCGACCAAGAACUUCCUAUGGGAGUCACAUUCAGUUUUCCAAUGGUGCAGGAGACCUUAGCCGACGCAACACUAAUGGCAAUGGGGAAAGGAUUCGCUAUCACCUCUAGGCUACAUCUUGGGACUCAUUUAGUCAAUGGAUACGAGAGGUCUAAGACCCCAGACUUACCUCCUAUCAAAGUUGCAGCUAUCCUAAACGACUCAGUUGCGACACUAGUCUCUUUCAUAUACCAAUCUAAAGAAGACGAAACACAUAAAGCGGCAAUGGGACUCAUCUGCGGCACUGGUAGCAACGCGACGAUACCCCUUAAGAGGAGUACUCUUCACAAGGACAAGCAACCCGGAAAAGUGAAAGUCCUGGAUGAAAAUUCAAGCGAUGACAUGAAAAUCGCUGUUAAUACCGAAUGGAGUAUUAACGGAACAGCACCAGCCCUACGAAAGUUUGACCUUAUCAGCCAAUGGGAUACUCAGCUUGAUUCUGAAGGCGAGGCGCCUGGGUUUCAACCCCUUGAAUAUAUGACAGCAGGUCGAUACUUGGGCGAGCUUGGGAGACUAAUGCUACUGGAUUACCUCGAGAACCACCUAAAUAUCCCUUCGGAUGUUUUACCCCCGCGGCUUUUAACGCGUUUUGGCCUUACAACUACCUUUCUUAGUCAUUUCCGCCCUCCGGUUGCAGAAAUAUUACUAGAGAAGCUGGAGGCCGAAUUUCCGGAAUCGACUGCUAAGGUACCUUUCCGGUGGACGGAAGAAAUCGCGGAUGUUUUACAUAGGAUAGCUAAGGCUAUUGAAGUCAGGGCCGCAGCUAUUGUUGCAGCAGCCAUAAUUGGAUUGCUUGCUUGUGCGGGAGAUAUUCCUAUUCGAAAGUCACUUCAAGAUAAGACUAACAGCCAUACCGUUAAUACGAAGCAACAACCUAAGGUGGAGUUGAUUGUUGGAUACACGGGUGGGUGCAUCGUCCAUUUCCAAGAUUACUUAGCAGACUGCCAAAAGUUUCUCGACUCGAUAAUUCAAGCCGAGUUUGGAGAUGAUGCUCCUGUAAGGGUCGUCAUGAGCCCUUGUCACGACGGUGGAAUCACUGGGGCAGGUGUAUUAUGCGGUGCUUCUCAAGCGAAAUCUAAGGACGUUGACGCCUAA